CCAAGCAGCAUCAGCACAUGAUUCGCUCGACGCGGCUUCUGAAAUCGGCCGAGUUACGAAUCCUCCAAAACUCGUCGCUCCCUCGCCGCCGGCGACUCUCGCACACCACUCUCAUCCCUAUAAAUACCCCCCAGGAAUCCUUCUCGAACCUUCUCCUCUCCUCCUUCGCUUUCCCCCAAUCCCGAGAGCAGCGAUUCCCGACGGCGAUGGCCGGCGAGGACGAUGUCCACGCAACGACGGAUCCCGAUCUGGCCUCUUCGAUCACAACUGAGGAUGUUUCUGGGGCAGAGGAUCCGAGAUCGAGCCAUGGCUUGGAUCCUGAAGUAAGCCCUGAUCCUCAUUCGGAACCAGAGAAGGUUUCAGAAAGAUCAACGGUGAGGAGGGGACUGCCCGAGGAAUUGUCGAAAGGUGUGGUGGUUUUGGAGUGCGAAUCUUCGGCUGAGGGCGGCUCUUGUGAUGUAUACAUCGUGGGAACUGCUCAUGUUUCUCUGGAAUCCUGCAGAGAAGUUCAGACAGUCAUUAAUUACCUGAAACCCCAGGUUGUUUUCUUGGAGUUAUGCUCGAGUCGAGUAACCAUUUUGACCCCCCAAAAUUUAAAGGUUCCUACAAUGAGUGAAAUGAUUGACAUGUGGAAGAAGAAGAAAAUGAAUACUUUUGGGAUUUUGUACAGCUGGUUUCUUGCCAAGGUUGCUAAUAAGCUCGAGGUUUUCCCUGGUUCUGAGUUUCGGGUGGCAUAUGAAGAAGCAAUGGGUUAUGGCGCGAAGGUUGUACUGGGAGAUCGUCCUGUGCAUAUUACAUUAAGAAGAUCAUGGGGGAAAAUGACAUUAUGGCAUAGGACAAAGUUUCUAUACUACAUGCUCUUUCAAGCUAUGUUUCUCCCAAGCUCUGAGGAGCUCAAUAAGAUGUUGAAGGAGAUGGAUGAUGUUGACAUGUUAACUCUUGUAAUUCAAGAGAUGAGCAAGGCAUUCCCCACUUUAAUGGAGACUCUUAUUCAUGAGCGAGAUAUGUACAUGGCAUCUAUAUUACUAAAGGUCGCAAGUGAACAUUCAUCAAUUGUUGCAGUUGUAGGCAAAGGGCAUUUAGCAGGAAUAAAGAAGCACUGGAAACAGCCGUUGGAUGUGAAACAUCUACUUGAAGUUCCUCCUAGAAACACCGGUGAAUCUAAGACAAAGAUUUUGACAUCCCUUGGUGUUGUUGUUGCUGGGAUUGCUGUCAUUUCUGGCAUUUAUCUUGUUAGCAAGAGGUGACCUAUUAAAGUAGCCAUCAACCAGUGAAGAUCAGUGAAAAUUAGGCCUUGUGUUCACAGCAAUCAAUAGAAUUCACAGCCAUGCUCAUCAUGUGUAUUUUCUCAAUAUAAUCAAAGAUAAUCAUGCAAAAUCAUACAAUUGAGGAAAAGAUCUACUUGACAGUGGAUCUUAGUUUAUCUCUCAAUUAGUUGUUCAGCAGUUUUUGAAAUAAAAUAAACCAGUCUGUUGGCCAACCUGAUGACAUUGGAAGUGAAAUAUAUAUGGAUUUAUCUUUUAUGA